AGUAGUAAUCUAGAGUCUAUGGAACUAGGUUUCACUAUGUUAUAGUAUGUCGUGGAUAGUAGAUAUAACUGUCUAUUCCACUGAGUGUAUGUGCCCAUAAGGAAUGAGUAUAUCCUUCUGAGGUCAGCAAGGUAAAACUCGGCCAUAGGAAGGUACUAUACCGAGUUAUGUUUUCAUAGCUAGUAUGAAAUGCCGCUAUAUGCAAGGAUCCUAGAGAAAUGCUAUAAGUAACUAACACAUACGGAUAUCGCUAUAAAAUCAAUAUGGCAACGAGACCUGAACAUUUAGCGCCACCCGAAAUUUACUACAACAGCGAUGAAGCACGAAGGUAUACAGUGAACACGCAUAUCCGCGAUAUCCAAAUCGCAAUGAGCCAACGUGCAACAGAGAUGCUACUGCUACCAGAGGAUGAAUCAUGCCUUGUACUGGAUAUAGGCUGCGGAAGCGGACUUAGCGGAUCAGUACUCAACGAUAACAACCACUUCUGGGUGGGAGUGGAUAUCAGCACCCACAUGCUGGACGAAGCAAUAGCAAACGGCUGCGACCAGGAAGGUGAUAUGAUAUUGGGAGAUAUAGGAGAACCCAUGAAUUUCAAGCCUCAGAGCUUCGAUGGAGCUAUCAGCAUAAGCGCAUUGCAGUGGCUAUGCGUAGCCAACAAGUCAUCACAUGAACCUUACAAACGACUUAUCGCAUUCUUCAAGUGGCUUUAUCGCAGCCUGAAUUACGGAGCAAGAGCAGCCAUACAGUUCUACCCAGAAAAUGCAGAACAAAUCGAAAUGAUAACUUCAGCAGCCACAAGGUGCAGCUUUGGAGGUGGACUUGUAGUGGACUUCCCAGAGUCAGCAAAGGCAAAGAAGUACUACCUAUGUAUAUGGGCAGGGAUGACAGGUUUACCGCAGAAGAUGCCGCAGGCACUCAUGGAAGUUGAUGAAGAAGAAGAGGAUACAGUUCCAACAGUAGGAUCAAAUCAAAGAAGAAAUAAACGAAAAAGGAAGCAGGAAACCAUCAGACAACGAAUCAUCAAUAAAAAACAACAACAACGAAGAAGAGGCAUUGAAACUAGACCUGAUACGAAAUAUACAGGACGACGAAGACCAGCACGAUUCUAGAAUUGUGUCUUUAUAUUCCAAUGGUUCAACCACGGCACAUAUAGGUAUCUAGCUAAGGAACUUGUGGUCCC